ACUCCCAUAAAUGCAGUGACACUUGCAUUCUGUGUGUGCAUGCGUGUUUGUCGGUGUUGAAAUAGAAAGUGAGGGAGCGGGGGGGAGAGAGGGAGUAAGUGAGAGAGAAAGAAAAGGAGGGGGAAGUGUGUGUGUGUGUGUGUGCGUGUACGAGCGUGCGUUCAAGCUAGCUACUGACAGAAAAGAAGGAAUAAGAAAAUUGAAGUAGCCGCCAUAUGCUGAGGAUUUUUGUGAAUGCCCUGCUGAGGAGACACGCUCGUUUUUCCGGCGGAUCCUAAAAGAUGGGAAGCUCGCAUUUGCUGAACAAAGGCUUGCCCUUAGGGAUCAGGCCUCCCAUAAUGAAUGGGCCCAUGCACCCUCGUCCUCUGGUGGCACUGCUGGAUGGGCGGGACUGCACUGUGGAGAUGCCCGUCCUGAAGGACGUGGCCACUGUGGCCUUCUGUGAUGCUCAGUCCACCCAGGAGAUUCACGAGAAGGUGUUAAAUGAAGCAGUGGGUGCGCUCAUGUACCACACCAUCACCCUGAUGAGAGAAGAUCUGGAAAAGUUUAAAGGACUUCGCAUAAUUGUCCGCAUUGGCAGCGGUUUCGAUAACAUCGACAUAAAGUCAGCUGGAGACUUAGGAAUAGCAGUCUGUAACAUGCCAGCAGCUUCAGUAGAGGAGACCGCAGACUCCACCAUGUGUCACAUCCUCAACCUUUACCGACGCACCACCUGGCUGCACCAGGCCCUCCGGGAGGGCACACGUGUCCAGAGCGUGGAGCAGAUCCGAGAGGUCGCCUCUGGGGCGGCCCGGAUCAGAGGGGAAACGCUGGGGAUCAUUGGCCUAGGGCGAGUCGGACAGGGGGUGGCUCUGAGGGCCAAAGCGUUCGGCUUUAACGUGAUCUUCUACGAUCCGUACCUGUCUGACGGGAUGGAGCGAGCCCUUGGGCUGCAGAGGGUCAACACCUUACAGGACCUGCUCUUCCACAGCGAUUGCGUCACCCUGCACUGCAGUCUAAAUGAACACAACCACCACCUCAUCAAUGACUUCACCAUCAAACAGAUGCGUCAGGGGGCGUUCCUGGUGAACACCGCUCGUGGAGGUCUGGUGGACGAGAAAGCUCUGGCCCAGGCUCUGAAAGAGGGCAGAAUACGGGGGGCGGCCCUGGACGUCCACGAGACCGAGCCCUUCAGUUUCAGCCAGGGUCCUCUUAAAGACGCCCCCAACCUGAUCUGCACCCCACACGCCGCCUGGUACAGCGAACAGGCUUCCAUAGAGAUGAGGGAGGAGGCGGCGAGGGAGAUCCGCCGAGCCAUUACCGGUCGCAUUCCAGACAGCCUAAAGAACUGCGUGAACAAAGAGUUCCUCACACAGACCACGCACUGGGCCGGCAUGGACCCUGCCGUGGUUCAUCCAGAACUUAACGGAUCUUAUAGGUACCCCCAAGGUGUAGCGAGUCUCGUUUCAGGGGGUCUCCCUCCGCCCGUAGAAGGCAUCAUGCCAAGUACCGUGCCCAUAACCCACAGCCUGGCCACCGUAGCCCACCCUCCACACGCCCCGUCACCCGGCCAGACCGGCAAACCCGAACCAGAUAGAGAGCAACAUCCCAACGAACAGUUGUAGCCCCGCUGUCGAAAGGCUUUCCGUACCACUAUCGAACUCUCUUGGUCCUUCUUUACCCCAAAGAAGAGGAGCGGAAACAGGCUCCCGGGCUCCGAACCAGCCGCCAAAAAAACAUAACAGCGACUUUGAAGUAGCCAACUCUUUGACUGACGGUGACGGACUGAGCUCUUUGAAGUAUCUAGUGUGGGGGAAAAAAGAAAUAAAAAUCUUGUGGAUUUAUAACAAAGUAAACUUCUCCCCGAGGCAAAAUCCUGCUGUUUUAGAUUGUAGUCUGUCCAAGUGCAGUGGGCGAUCUUUUAUCUGUUAUUUUGUCUGUCUAAUGGGUUUCGUUGUUAAAGCAACAGUAGCUAUUACAUGAAUGUAACCUGUUUGUGGUUUGUAGAAAAGAAAAAAACGGAAACAGCAUUACGGGGGGCAUCUCACCACCUGGUUAUAGUUACAAGAAAAAAGUCUAUUCGUUUCACUUGUUUUAUUUUUAAAGCCCCGAAAGAGGCGGGAUUUGCACACCCUCUCAGGAAAAUUUAUUUCCCCCUUCCUUCCUUUUAAAUUAAACCGCAUAGUGCAUUGUUUUGUACCCAUUUGUCUUUUUGUAGUCAAAAUUCAGUACAGUAAUGAACAACACUCAGUAUGUUUUUAUUUUCAUUUACGGAGCAUGUAUUACCUUACGUGUUAAAAAAGAAAACAGAAAUGUUCAGUUUUCGAAACAUAAAGUAAACAAAAACAAAAAAAAUGUCUUGUGCAAAGCUGGCGUAAUGCUUGCCUGUUUGUGUGUGACUUGGUUGUACCGUGUUUUUCGAGGACACCGGGAUAGUUGCAGCUCUCCAUCGCCUACAUAGUUUCCUUCCUGGUAAAGUGGUAGGCUAGCAAUAUACAUACUAUAUAUACUAUGAGAUAUGAAUAUUUUUUGUUAAACAGAAUCCAAAAAGAAAUGUUUGUGACUGUAUGCAUUUGUAUGAAUUAUUUUAAAUGAAAUAAAAUUCCAAGGUAAACGACA